AGAAAGAUAGAAGACUACUAGACCCUAAACCGUAGUAGCGUAGCGACGUUGCUUUCGUAGUACUUGAAAUGGCGGAGAAGCAAUCUCACACUCACAGAUACAAUCACAGAAACACACACACACACAAGACAGCCAAAUUGAACUGAGAGAGAAAGAAAACAUAGAGAGAGAAAACAGAGAGAGAGAAAAAAGAAAACAUUGACCGCCAUUAAAACCCACUUCCCUUUUUUAUAUCACUCCCAAACACAUUCCUCUCAUUUCCUUUCCAUUUUCCUUUCUCUUUGUCUUUCUCUCACAAUUCAUCACUUUAGCAUUGCAACACUGAAAGGAAAAGAAUACUCUUUAAGAACUUAAAAAACAACCAAUUCUAGUGUGUGUUUCGUUUUCUCUACAGUUCCUACAGUCCGGUUCGGUUUGGUUCAAUUGGAUCAUGGAGCAAACCACUCUCGAAGCCAUUCAGUUCAACGAGGAAAUCCAAGGCCUCAUGGCUGCUCCGGCGCCGGAAACCGUCAAUUCCUUCAAGGCGUUGCUCGAGCUUCCGUCGACGCAGGCCGUCGAGCUCCUCCACUCGCCUGAGCGCGCCAGAAAACCGCUGCGCCACAGUCCGAAACCUCCAACGCCACCGCCACCGCAUCCGCCAACCUCACCUUCCUUCACCGCCUCCGCAUCCGCCGCCACCGCCAACCUCACCUUCCCCUCCAACGCCGCGCUGAUCGAACGCGCCGCCAGGUUCUCCGUCUUCGCCGGCCAGAACUCCAACUCGAACUCGAACUCGCCGGAGGUGAAGCGCGAGCUGCCGGAGACCGAUUCCAACCCGAGCUCCACUCACGGCGGCGGAGGCGGCGGCUCCGUCUCCGAUCUCGCCAUGGAGAACAAGAAUCCGAAGACCGCGAAGCGGAAGGAGCGAGAGAAGAAGGUUAAAGCAUCAUCGAGGAAGAGCAAGAGCGUCGCCGCCGCCGCCGACGAGAGUUCCGGCGACGGCGAGAAGCUUCCGUACGUUCACGUUCGAGUUCGUCGAGGUCAAGCCACUGAUAGCCAUAGCUUAGCAGAAAGGGCUAGGAGAGAGAAGAUAAAUGCUCGGAUGAAGCUUUUACAAGAGCUGGUCCCGGGUUGCAACAAGAUAUCAGGAACGGCAUUGGUUCUAGAUAAAAUCAUCAACCAUGUGCAAUCUCUACAGAAUGAAGUGGAGAUAUUAUCAAUGAAACUGGCAGCAGUUAACCCAGUAAUUGAUUUCAACCUCGACAGCUUACUGGCUACCGAAGGAGUGACUCCAAUGGACUGUAACUUCCCUCCGACAGUUGCACCUGUCAUGUGGCCAGAAAUCCCACAGAACGGAAACAGACAACAAUAUCAGCAACCGUGGCAGUUUGAUGCAUUCCACCAACCCCUUUGGGGGAGGGAAGAAGACAAAACUAACAUGACUCCAGAAAACUCACUCUGGAGUUAUGACUCAUCGGCAAAUUCAGUAUCUCUGCAUUCAAAUCAGUUGAAGAUGGAGCUCUGAAGGACAUCUACAAAGGUGGUGGUACCAGUAGCAAUUAGCCUAUUAGUGUAUAUAACAAAUAUAGUAUUAGCAAUUAGCCAUGAUUUGAGCAGCCUCAACAGUCAUCAGGUUUUCCCUGUCUCUAUUUUGUCAGAGCCAGUUGGAAAACCUGGAUUUUAUUCAGCCAGCAAGGAAGAAGAAUUGGUAUGCUAUUUUUAUAUAAUAUAUUACUUUAUCACUAUGUAUACUAACUACAGGGGUCAUUCAAUCUAUGAAGUGAUUGAUUGAUUCGGAUUGUAAAAUCAUUGAACGAACUAUUACUGAACUAUCGUUGAAGUUUGUUGCUUUGUUCAUUGAAUGCUACUUAGAUGGUUGGUUCUUUUUCAUUAUUUUUUUUUUAACAAACUACUAUAAUUUUUUAAUGGGGUCACUAUUAA